UCGUUACCCUGUCUGGGCGUUUUCUUCGAGCGACGAAAGUCUUAUCGACUGCGAGUCGAAUUCCGCCGAAAGAAAUGACGACGUGUUCCACGUUCUUUGCCUCCUCUGUGGCCGGUGUCGCGGAAGGGUCUGCAGUUGGUGAAGAGCAGAUUCGCUGACGGCAAAUUUACUGUGGCGCAUUUCCGUGGGUUCCCAGUUUGUUUCUUUCCUUUACCUCUGUGCAAUUUUCUAUCAUUUCGGCGGAAACAGGAGAUCCUGGAAACUGCGUUGCCUAACCCCCCUCUUCUCCCUCUGUACACAGGUACCAUGCGUGUCAGGCCCUCCGUGUCUGGGCAUCAGUUUGUCGCCGUCGGGCUGUCUCUUUCGUUUUCCUAAACUUCUGUUUUCUUUUUCUCUCUUGGACCUUAAUCUUUUCCCCCACACCCUCUGGAAAGUUUGGAGGAAAAAAGAGCCGGACGUUCUCCCAGACGCUCUCGUCUCUGGGUAUACACCCGACUGUUUUCGAUCGCUUCAAACGCGCAGUCUCCAGAAGCCGCCCAUCUCUUGCCCACUUGACGCGAGCGACUCUUUCUCCCCUUUUCAAGUCCUGGAAUCCCCGGCUUUCGUCGUUUCUCCGUAAAAGUCCACGAAACAUCUUCAAAACAUCGCGGCGGGCAAUCUCACUCCUUCAGCAGCGUUCAUCCCCCUCUUUUUUAUUCUUUCUCGCUGCUUUCUGCCGAGUUCCACUUCUUCCUCACUCUCCGCUCCUCACCUGUCUCUUCUGAGUUCUCUCUUCCCUGCUCUCUCCCCCGCAUCUACCACUCCCUUCCUCGCCUGCUUUGUCUCCCCUCGCUUUCCCCGUCCCCGCGCUCUCUUUCCUCAUUUUCUUGUCCUUUUCUUUUUCGUUUCGUUCCUUCUCUUUCCCUCUCCGUCUCGUCUUCCUCUCGAUCCUUCUCCUCCAUUUCGCCUUCGUUCAGUUCCUCCUUUCGGCUUCCACUUUUCUUCUCCUCCUCCCCUCCGUAGUUUCACCAUGUCGAUGGAACAGUUGAUGGCGCUAGUGCCCUUGGAGGCGGCACUCGCGGGGAAGGAGAAGGGAGGUCGCAAGUCAAGGUGGGAACGGCCCAAGACGAAGAAGAAAGGCGACUCCAAAUGGGGUCCUCCUGAAGACAAAGACUUCCUACCGCCGCCCUACGUGGACCUCCCUGUGGGCAUGACAGCUCCGCAGAUGGACCGAUUCCUGCGCGAGCAGCGCUUCGACGAUCUGCAGAGGAAACUCGCCAAUGGCGAAUUCGAGUUCGGGGACCCCGACAUCCGACCGCCUUCGCCUCCGCCUGUCUACGACCGAAACGGAGGUCGAAUCAACACCCGAGAAGUCAGAGUCCGGAGUGCCAUGGUGGCGGAGCAACAGCGUCUGACCGAGUUCAUGGUGAAGCAUUUGCCAGGCUUUGUUCCACCUCCGGACUGGAAGCCGUCGAAGAAGAUCCGAAGAAUUGAAAUCCCUCUCGACAAGUAUCCAGACUAUAACUUCAUGGGCAUUAUAAUCGGACCCCGAGGCUGCAAUCACAAACGCCUGGAGGCCGAGAGCGGCACGACGAUUUCCGUCAGAGGACGCGGGACGCAGAAAGAAGGAAAACGCGACCACCAGACGGAGGAGGAGGCGUCGAUGCCAAUGCACGUCCACAUCUGCGGAGACACUGAAGAAGCCGUCGAGAAAGCGCUGGCUCUCAUCGAACCGCUCCUAGAUCCUCUCCACCCCGCACAUGAAGAGUUCAAGAAACGCGGCCUCGAACAGCUGGCUCUCGUGAAUGGCGUCAACUACUCCGAUCUGGAGCAGCGUCGCUGUCCUAUCUGCCAGGGCACUGGCCACACAGCGCAAGACUGCCCAGACGCUCAGGAGCUUCAGCCAUUCAAGAAACCGGAAGUGCGCUGCGCGUUGUGUGGAGAUUUUGGACAUGUCACGAUGGACUGCAAACUGAGACAGAACGGCCCUGUAGGAGUGGCAGCCCCUCCGCCGCCACCGCCAACCGUCGGCCGCAGUCGGGAAGAACAAAUGAAGAUGGAUGCGGAGUAUCGCAAAAUGAUGAGUGAGCUGACAGGGGAUUCCACUCUGGACGCUUUGGACGAGCCGACUCUGUCGAGUCCAGAGCAGCCGUCCAACAUCGCUCGCGCGUCGCCUUACGCCUCGGCGACGCCGGGUGCCCAAACUGCGACGCCUCCGCCGGGCGUCUCACCUUCCUUCGACCGCUCUUCUCCCUCGCCUUACGCGGCCUACGGGCGCCGUGGCGGCCGCAUGGGAGGGCCUGUCCCGCCGCCGCCUCCGAUGGCCGGACCUCCGGGAGAGGGCAUGCCCGGCGGCUUUGCCUGCGGGCCAACUGGCCCCGGGACCAUGCGGGGCCGCCCUGGCCUGGGGUACUGCGGGUCUCCCGCGGACGGCCCGCCGGGGGGCUUCGCUUGCGGGCCAACUGGCCCCGGGGCCAUGCGGGGCCGCCCUGGCCUGGGGUACGGGGGGCGCGGGGGACGAAUGUUUGGAGGCGAUGAUGACAGGAACGCGUUCAUGCGUCGAGGAGGCCCUGAGUUCUGGAGAGACAACGGAGACCGAGGAGAUGGCGAGUUUGGGUCCAAUGACCCGCGGUCUUGGGGCAGGGGCAACGACGGCAUGCGACCAGGAGGCGGACCUGGAGGACGCUCUCCCUAUCCCGAGAUCAUGAUGCCUCCCAUGGGAGUGCCAGGCAUGCCUCCGCCUUGGGGAGGAGUGCCGCCUCCCAGCAUGAUGGGUGGUCCCGCCAUGAGCCAGCCGUCGGGGCCGGACGGCAGCGGGCCUGGAGGCCCCGGACCGAAUCGAAUGGGUGGCCCUGCGUCGGGCGGUGGGCCUAACUACUCGUGGGCCCAAGGCCCUUUCCCUGGGGCCUUCGCACCGCCAGUGUGGGGUCAGCACUCAGGCUCGAUAGGCCCCGGGAGCUCCCCCGGCGCGAGUGACGCGGGAGGCGCGGCUCGGCCUGCGGCAGGCGGCCGUGGCGGCUUUGAGCCGUGGGGAUUCCCCGGAGCCUCCGGCGCGCCUCAAGAGCCCCACAGCGGCGCUGCUUCGGGGACCGGACCGUUCCCCCCUCUCCCCAUGGCCCCUGCUGGGGCGCCGCCGCCGGCCCCCGACGCGGAUGAUGGACUGGAUAAGAACGACGACGACAACAUGGACAUGAACGACUGAGGAUCGAGUGGAGAUGGGAAUCGUGCGAAGGGCAAUCUCGCAGAGUCUCAAGAGAAACACAGAUCCUUGUCUGUCUACAGUCGCGCGACGUCUAUCUUUGUAUAUAUAUAUAUAUAUAUAUAUAUGUGCGUAUAUGUAUAUACAUGUAAGGAUGCAUAUCUAUCUGUAUGUAAUUGUAAAGAUAAACGCAUAUGCAUACACAUAUACAUAAAUAUAUAUAUAUGUAGAUUUAUAUGUAUAUAUAAGAGCGGCUGGCGGAUUGACAGCCCCGAAGCAGGCGAAGGCCGAGAUAGCAAGACAGCUUACGACCCCCCGGUUACGGGGAGAAAGAGACAAAGAGACAGGAUCGAGCACGGUGCGAGAAGACGUUGUAUGAAAAAUUACAGGAAGAAAAUAGAUAAUGGGGCGUUGGUCUUGAGUCACGCUGGCGACAGCCAGGGAACCUGCCGGAGGCCCAGGCGACAGAGGAACGCCGUUUUUUGCUCAAACCCGCAGAAAUUCACAUCACAGGGAGCACCACGUUUCGUCGAAAUUGAUGCACUCUCGGUUUUUCAUGACGCGAACCUAUCCACAUAUAUACAUAUAUGUAUAUUUAUAUACAAGCACAUUUUUGUAUAUAUAUAUAUAUAUAUAUAUAUAUGUAUGUAUAUACAUGUGGCGCGUGGAGAGAGACCUUGAUGGAUACGUAUACAGACAGUCGGACGAUUGUCUGAGGUCCGAUGCGCCGACGCCUUCUUCAGAUGACUGGAAGACGCAUGGCGCGAAGCAGUUAAUGCCUCGUUGAAAAUUUAAAUGUUUUUGGUCUAGAGGGUAGACAUGUGUGUACCUGUGUUUACAUGCAUAUGCAUCUUUCUUGCGGGCUGGUGAAGUGGUGAUCGAAUAAACGCGUGCAUGCAGUAAAGGCUGCCACGAGGUGGGCUCGGAGUUUGGCAGCUGCAUGCGAUGGACGGUGCUGUCUGGUUCCAGCGUAUACAAAGGCGUUAUCGAUUUUUCCUCUCGUGUGUCUGACUGGUCAUGUAGGCUCUUGUUGUGUGUCUACGAGAUGAAGCGUGUGCUUUUUCAUUUUGCAAGACGUUGUAGUUUUCGUGUAUGUCGCCUCGUUCCUAGAAAGACACCCACCCCAAAACCAGACGCAAGCGCUAUUCCAGAAGCUGGCUCACCACUAC